AUGGGCCAACAGCACACAGCGCCGCCUUCCUGGACAUGCAGAUUCCGCCGGCCCACCUGUCCGACUGUCCGACUGUGCGUCUGUCAGCCUGGCCGUCGGCUAUUAUGCCUGUCCGUCUAUCGACCGCAUGCCAGUGCUGUGUUCACGCCGGCUGAGACUGUGCGAAGCGAGACGGCCUAUUUUCGACCCUUUCACAGUCAGUGCCCUUCGGUGCUCUUUUCAGUGCCCUUCCUGCUGUCAGAUAUGGAGUGUCUUAUUUUAGCCAGUGCAUCCAAUUGGAGCGCAGUUUUUUCCCCCAAUCACGUGACUAGCCUACACACGAAAGGCUAA